AUGAUCUCACCGCAUAAGAUCGCGAGAAUCUAUGCGAAGGACCCUCAGAGAGUAGGAGUCAUUUGGAUACGGCAGAUCGCGACCACGAAGGAAGGAUCGGUACCACAGUUGGCGAUUCCAACAGAAUACCAAACGGACGAGUUCAGAGAACUGUUCGAGGAAAAUGAGGCAACAGACCUAGCAGACCAUCAGGAUUGGGAUCACGAGAUCAUCCUCGAUGAGGGAGCUAAGUUGACCCCAGGACCAAUGUACCCU